AUGGCAGGGAAGACCCUCACCGGCGGUUUCUUCUUCUCGGAUAAGGGGAGCAAGAGAUACGCUACGAACUGCUGGCCCGAGUGGGAAAGAGAAUGCAAAAAAAAAGAUCAACCUUCCAUGGGCUCCGUGUCUGAGAAGUCCGCCGGCGUACAAAAUGGCUCCAACGGGCCAGGAGAAAACAGCAUCCCCGGACCGAUGCUCCGACUCCCCGACUCCCGCUGCUCUUUCCAGAUCAAACAUAGAGAUCUGGGGCCAAGGAAAAGAGGGGCGUGGUAUCCAUCGGAUCUCUUGAUUUCCGAUCUAGCUCGGGACCAAACCCUUUCACCUUUUGGUCUGGAUCCUUUUGACCAGUCACCACCAAGGAGGCGAGAAGUAUUUCGCCCCCCAGCCGUGUUGAUAUGCGUGACUGUAUAUCUAUGGUAUGCAGGGAUCAAAUGUGUAAAGGGGGGUGAGGGGGUGGGAGGUCCAUGGGAAUAUCGCGACAUCAAACAUAUAUCGAUGGUUACAUGCGGAGUAAGCGGAGGGAAUCGACACAUGGAGGGUAGGGACUGUCAGAUGGGCCACACCGGACGCAAGCCUUGUUUAGAGCAAGUAAGUGAGCGAGUAAAAAAGACAGUGUACGGUAGUGUCGGCUAUCAUCGCGAAGGGUAG